CGAGACCUCACCGCAGUCCUCCGCCUGACUCCAGCUGGUCGCGCUGCUUCCUGCCGCGGACGGUUCUGUUGCAGUUGGAUUGAGAGCCGCCAGUCGACAUGGGGAACAUCUUCGGGAACCUGCUGAAGAGCCUGAUAGGCAAGAAGGAGAUGAGGAUCCUCAUGGUGGGGCUGGACGCCGCCGGGAAAACCACCAUCCUCUACAAGCUGAAGCUCGGGGAGAUCGUCACCACCAUCCCCACCAUCGGUUUCAAUGUAGAGACAGUGGAGUACAAGAACAUUAGCUUCACCGUGUGGGACGUCGGUGGCCAGGACAAGAUCCGUCCCCUGUGGAGGCACUACUUUCAGAACACCCAGGGGUUGAUCUUUGUGGUGGACAGCAACGACCGUGAGCGGGUGAAUGAAGCUCGGGAGGAGCUAAUGCGGAUGCUGGCGGAGGAUGAGCUGCGGGAUGCCGUUCUUCUCAUCUUUGCUAACAAACAGGACCUGCCCAACGCCAUGAACGCUGCAGAGAUCACAGACAAGCUGGGCCUGCACUCCCUACGCCACCGCAACUGGUACAUCCAGGCCACCUGCGCCACCAGUGGGGACGGCCUCUACGAGGGCUUGGACUGGCUGGCCAAUCAGCUGAAGAACAAAAAGUGAAGGGUUCAAGUCAGUAAGAGUGGGGAAAGGGCCUGGGUGCCAGCUCCAGGUAGUGGUUCUAGUGGAUCCAUUGUGUUUACAUGGAGAGGCAAUGCAGACAAGUUCCCGGGGGGUGACUCUCAAUGGCCCCCCCAAAAAAUAAUCAGAUUUUUAUUUUUUUGCUUUGAUUAAUUUAAUUUGUUUGGAUCUGCUGUGAGCGUUUUUUUAUUAUAUAGAAACCUAUGGUGUUGAAGUUGACCUAAAGGACUUACACUCUAUAAGCUGAAUACAUAAAUAUCAGGAUGUAAUAGUAUAAUAUUACUGUGAAGGCGUAUAUGUAUUUCCCAUACUUUGCAGUCUAUGGCCUUUGAGGUUCUAAUAAUUUCAAUUUGUUCAGAAAAAUGUGAUGAAUCUAGAUUCAUGAUGGAAGAGCAACCCUCCCUCAGAUACUUCAUAUAAUCUAGGAUUGUCAUAAUUUCCUAAAAUUCUCUUGGGAUCAAUAAAGUAUCUAUAUCUA